CCAGGGAGGAUCACGCAGCGAGGAUCCGGCAGAGGCCCGCGAGAAGGCCCCAGCUAGGAGCGGAGUUGGGGCGGGAAGGGGGUGCUGGAGACCCGACCCCCUGGCAGGGGUGGGCGGGGCCUCGGGUGGGAGGCGGUGCCUAAGCCUCAGCGAAACUGCUCUCAGCCUGCAGGGCUCAGGAGGGGGCACGAGCAUGGAGCGACUUUGGGGUCUACUUCAGAGAACGCAAAGGUUGUCCCCACGACCCUCUCAGACCAUCUACAAGCGUGUGCAGGGCACCCAGCAGUGGCGCCUGGAGGAGGAAGAGGAAGACAGGGAGGAGGGGGCUGAGCCAGCAGCCCACUUCUGCCCCAUGGAGCUGAGGGGCCCUGACCUGGGCUCUCGAGCAGGGAGGCAAAACCUCGGACUCUGGGCAACAACAGGACGAAGGGCUGCCCCCUACCUGGUCCUGACAGCCCUGCUGAUCUUCACUGGGGCUUUCCUUCUGGGCUAUGUGGCCUUCCGAGGGUCCUGCCAGGCAUGUGGGGAUGACGUGUUGGUGGUCAGUGAGGACAUAAACUAUGAGCCGGGCCCGGACUCCCACCAGGGCACAUUGUACUGGAGCGACCUCCAGGCCAUGUUCCUGCGGCUCCUGGGGGAGGGGCACCUGGAGGACACCAUCAGGUAAGGAUUAGCCUGCCCCCUUCCCGGCCCUUGCAAAUCCUCAUCCACUCACUUGGACUCAGAGUCCUUUCCUCUCCUCCCAGGAACCUGAUGUGGGGUCCCUUCUGAGUCCUUCCACUUGCCUCCCUGGCCUCCCUGUUUGAUGGUCCUGGGAAGGAUGUCAGGCAUUUGGAGCUGAGGGGAGGGAGGGUGUUCCAGAGAUAAGACAGCAGAGGGCUUGGGGUCUGAACGUGGCACUUGGGAGAUGCGGGAGCUGACUGUCUGAGUGAGAGCAGAGGGGUCCAGUAUCCAGACAGGAGGCGGGAUGGAUCCAGAAAAGUCCUGAAUGCCACAUCACGGAGCUUGGAUUUUGACCUGCGACUGUGGUGAGCUUGGGGGGGGUGGGGAGGCACUGAGAAGGGACAUUUUAAGGAAUCAGAAAAAAAAACAAGCAAGCAAAUGCAUUUGUGAGCACAGACCAUCCCCCUCCAUCUGCAUUAUGAGAGAUGCCAGCCAGACACAGACCUGCAGGCCUGCAGCCUGGAGCACAGCACAAGCAGGUCGGGGUUUCUCCUGUUUUGCUGAGGUCACUUUCCCCAUUGGGAAGGAGCUGCCCAGGUAGGUCCAGAGAAGAGGUGGGGCCACCAGUAGCCCUCUCUUGGGUCAGGAAUAGUGUUUCAGUGGAUUCUCCUGGGUUUUCUAAGUAGAAGGUCACAUAAGCUAUAGACAGUGAGAGAUACGUAGCUUUUUUCUCAAUGCUUAGACACUUUAUGUCAUUUUCAUUGCUUUAUUUUAUUAGAGAGGACAUGAAUUUUAAAAAAAUGUAAAAGGUAAUGAUGACAGCAGAUAGGCCUAUCUCCUGACUUGCAUAGGAAUGUUUUUAUGCAGCUUUGUUAUUGAAUGUGAACUUUGCUAUAGACUGGAUAGCUUUUUAUAAAUGAAUCAAGGAAGUUUCCUUCUCCUCCACCUCCUCUUCCUCCCCUCCUCCUCCUCCUCCUUCUUCUUCUUUUAAUGAUCAGGAAAGGAGGGACAGGUUUGGAUUUUUUUUUUUCAAAUAUUUUUCCAGAAUAUACUGAAAUCAUUUUUCUGCUUUAAUUUGUGUCUGUAUGUUUUUAGUUUAUGUUUCUGUAGUAAUUGGUAUUGAUAGACUUUCUUGUCUUCAUGGGAUCAAUUUGAAACUUGAUCGAGGCAUAUUAUUACUCUUUGGCUACACUGCUGGGUCCACCUUGCCCAAGACCUUACAUCUGUGGCAUCAACAGCAUACAGCCCUUCUUAUUUUCUUGAGCAACACUCGGUCAUCUGGGUACAGGCUGAGCAGGUGGAUGGUUUGUCAGGUCCCACGGUGAGGUGUGGCACUGGGGAUGCCAUCAGAGGGCAGGGAGGCAAGAGGGUGAUGGUGAAGGGGAGUGAGCAGUGAAGUGAUGCACGACUCCAGGGUGGAUGGAGAAGGAAGGAAUGGAACUGUCUGGAGCACUCAGUGUGGUUGAAGAGCAGGCGUAGUGGGGGGUCAAGAAGCAAGCUGGAACCUGGAAAGAUCUAGUCAGAGAGUGGGAUAUUGGGACUUUUAAGAUUUAUCUGAUCAACUGUGUCCUAUUUAUCUGGAUGUGUCCAGUACCUAGCACAGUGCCUGACAUUUAGCUGGUGUUCAGUAAAUCCCCAGUGGAUAAAGAUUCCGGAGAUGGAAUUCUGGGUAACGCCAAGACCAGUGGGGGUGUGGUGAGGGAAGUGAGCAGCUGGACUCAGUGACACUGAUGAGGUCAUUCAUUCAUUUAUCCACCAAAUACCUUUGAGCACCUACUAUGUGGCAGGUGCUUGGCUAAGUAGGUGGGGGCGAUAGGGCAGAGAACAAAAGUCUGGGCCUUGUCCUUAUGGAGCUUACAGUCUAUGGGGGGAAAUCAAUACUGAACUAAUAAUCACAUUCACGACACAUAUUUAUUACUAGGAUCACUGUUUUGAAGGAAAAGUAAAGGAUGUGGGGAAUGAGUAUAACGAGGGGGACCUGACUUAGAACGGGGGCCAGGGAAGGCUUCCUUGAGGAAGUGAUGAGCUGAAGCCCUAGGGGUGAGUCAUUCACCAGGCAAAGAGAAGGUGGAAAAGCAUUUCAGGUCAGAGAACAGCAAGGGCAAAUGGUCUGGGGUGGGAAAUGGUGGCCUAUUGGAGGAAGUGAAGGAAGGUCCAUGUGGUUGUCUGAAGGAGAGCAGAGGGGUCCAGUAUCCAGACAGGCAGUGGAACAGACCCAGAGAAGUCUUGAAUGCCACAUGAUGGAGCUUGGAUUUUGACCCAUGACCCCGGGGAGCUGCAGUGUCAAGGUGGAUAUGGCCGGGGCCAUAAAAGGGCUUAAUGGCUACACAAACUGCUUUGGAUUUUAUUCUAAGAGGGAAGAGAGAAAUGAAGAAUUUAAAACACUAGAGAAUCAUGAUCAGAUGUAGGGGGAGGGUUUUGUUUUGUUUUGUUUUUUAAAGUCGGUGCAAAGAACAGAGUUUAUGAUACUCCUGACGCAGUAGUUCAGUGUCUCAGUGAAGGGCUUUUUUUGGUUUGGUUUUGUUUUUUAAAGAUUUUAUUUUUAAGUUAUCUCCACACCCAAAGUGGGGCUCAAAC